AUGGGUGCCUCUCCUAGUGACUCGGCCAAGGGGCCCCAGGGUAUCGAUCUCUACUCUCGCUUCGCUCUUGCCGGCGCCCUGGGCUGCUCUCUAACUCAUGGCGCUUUCACUCCCGUCGACGUCGUCAAGACCAGGAUCCAGCUUGACCCGGCCACCUACAACCGUGGCAUGAUUGGCGGCUUCCGGCAGGUCAUCCAAUCCGAGGGCGCUGGUGCCCUUUUGACUGGCUUCGGCCCAACCUUCACCGGGUACUUCAUCCAGGGAGCCUUCAAGUUCGGUGGUUACGAGUUUUUCAAGAAGCAGGCCAUCGACAUUCUCGGUAUUGAGAAGGCCCGCCAGAACCGUACCGCAGUCUACUCUGUCUCCGCUGCCUGCGCUGAGUUCUUUGCUUCGAUUGCUCUUAGUCCUCUCGAGGCCACCCGCAUCCGUCUUGUCUCGACUCCUGGCUUUGCCAAUGGUCUGGUGGGCGGUUUUAGUAAGAUUCUUACCCAGGAAGGCAUUGGCGCAUUCUACUCCGGAUUUGUCCCUAUCCUGUUCAAGCAGGUUCCCUACACUGUCACCAAGUUCGUAGCUUUCGAGAAGGUUUCUGAAGCCAUCUUCGCUCAAUUUGAUAAGUCUAGCUUAUCGAGUGGUGCCCAAACCGCUGUGAACUUGGGUUCUGGUCUCCUCGCUGGUUUCGCUGCUGCUAUUGUCUCCCAGCCGGCCGACACCAUGCUGUCUAAAAUUAACAAGACGAAGGGUCUUCCGGGUGAAGGCACCAUCUCUCGCCUUGUCAAGAUUGGCGGCGAGCUUGGAAUCCGCGGUUCUUUCACCGGUCUUCCUACCCGUCUGUUCAUGGUCGGCGGUCUUACUGCUGGUCAAUUCGCUAUUUAUGGCAGCAUCAAGAAGGCUCUCGGUGCCACCAAUGGUGUUGAGAUCGCCAAGUAA